UCUUCCUCCUCCACCCCCCCCCCUCUCUCUCUCUCUCUCUCUCUUCCUUGACUGUCCAGAGAGAGCAAUCCAGUGGAGAAAAUAAAAUCUCUUGUGGUCUCCAAGACGCACCCUCACGGCCGCACACACAAACAAAUAUUGCACCUAGCUUACUAGACACAAAACAUCUGCGCAGCAGCAGAGCUCCUCCUUCAUAGCUUCCUCUAGUAGUCCUUGUUGCUCUGUGUCUGGUUCAAGGGGGAGGAGAGAUAAGUGGUGUGUUGCCAUUGCAAGCCUAGGAUUUAAGAGAGAAAGAGAGAGUGUGGUCAAAGGCUGGUCCAUAGCUCAUACAUACAUCUAAUGGGGGAGGAAAACAAAAGAAUACAGUAGUCUAGAAGCAGUAUAUAUAUCAGUAACCAGUAAAAAUCAAGCAGGCAGCUCAAAGUAACCCUGCUGCCUUUUGUAAGAACAGCCUCACUGUUCAUCCUUCUUGCACUACAGCCACUGAAGAACAGAAGCGUCAGCAGCUGCUGCUGCAGCAAGAAGCAUCUUCUCUCUGGAGAGGCGCCGCCGAGACGAGGAGGGAUCAGGAGGAGGCAUGGAUCUGUCUGGCACGCAGGGCGAGCUCGCGAUCCCAAGGCACGCCAACGUCGUCGUCUCUCCCUACGGUGCCGGCGUCGGCGGUGGGAGCGCCGGCGGCCAUGUCCUGCAGUUGCACCAUGGCAACAACAAUGGCCAGUCCCCGGCGCUGCCUCCGUCGCCGCCUGCCGCGCCGGCAGAGGAGAUGGAGAGCUCCGGGAAAAAGCGCGGGCUGGCGGCCGGCGCCGGCAUUGGCGGCGGCGGGGGUAGCGCCGCGGUGAGGUACCGCGAGUGCCUGAAGAACCACGCGGCGGCCAUCGGCGGCAACGCCACCGACGGGUGCGGCGAGUUCAUGCCGAGCGGCGAGGAGGGCUCGCUGGAGGCGCUGAAGUGCUCCGCCUGCGGCUGCCACCGCAACUUCCACCGCAAGGAGGCGGACGACGACGACGACGUCGACAUGUACGCCGUGGGCGACGGGUUCGGCCGCGGCCACGGCCCCCGCGCCGCCCACCGCCUCCUGGCCCCCGCCCUGCCGCACCACAGCAAGGGCGGCAGCGGCGGCGGGCUCCUGGUCUCCGCGGCCGACCCCUACGGCGCCUACGCCGCGGCGCGCGCGCUCCCCCCGGCGCUGCCGCCGCCGGGGCACGGGCACGGGCACGUCCACCACCUCCCCCACCACCAGUACGUGAUGCCGCUGAACAUGAUGCACACCGGCUCGGAGUCCGACGACAUGGACGGCGGCGCGGCGGGCGGCGGCGACGCGGAGCGCGGCGGCAGCGGCGGCUCGUCGUCGUCCAAGAAGCGGUUCCGCACCAAGUUCACCCCGGAGCAGAAGGCCCGCAUGCUGGAGUUCGCGGAGCGCGUGGGGUGGCGCCUCCAGAAGCUGGACGACGGCAUGGUGCAGGCCUUCUGCCAGGAGAUCGGCGUGAAGCGGCGCGUGCUCAAGGUGUGGAUGCACAACAACAAGCACAACCUCGCCACCAAGCGCCUGGAGACCUCGCCGCAGGAGCAGCCGGCGGUGGCGGCAGCCAUGGCGUCCCCGCCGGCGCCGCCGCAGAUGCCUCUCCAGAUGAUGCCCGCUGGAAUGAUGCCGCCGCCGCCGCAGGCCGCCGGGCCCUCCUGCCUCCGCGGCGGCCCCGGGUCCCCGCCGCCGCCCAAGCUCGAGUGACCGACUGACAAGGGAAGCUAAGGGAGGCGAUCGCCAUUCUGUCCCUGGUGAUUCCUUCCAUUCUUGAUCCGUCCUGGUAACCCAGCUAGCAAACCGACCGCAUAUCGAUCGGUCGCCAUUUCACUGUUCCAUUAAAUCGGCCACCACAAGUGAUCCACCGCCGUCCAAGCAGAGAGAGGAGUGAAGCGAAACAGCGAGAGAGAGAGAACAUGCAAGGUUAUUAUCGUCUUUUUUCCCCUUUCUUUUUUCCGGUGUUUGUUGCUUUGUCAUAAGGUAGGGGAGCAACCAAGCAUGCAUCAUAGUAGGUGAUUUUCAGCUGCGACUGGACUCAUUUUCCUCUGAUUUUUUUUCCCUGAAGAAAACCAAACAUCCUAGACUAUUUCACUUGUUAUUUUCCUGGCUGGUGUCUCUGA